AGGCCCGAAAAAUAUUUAAAUACAUAGACGAUGAAAGUGGUAUUAUUAAAACGUACUUUCAAUUUAUAGACAGUGUUACAGUCUUUCUCACGAUGAUCAUAGACAAUGUGGAAGCUUUGAAGUCAUGGCUGGCAAAACUCCUGGAGCCAAUAUGUGAAGCAGACCCAUCUGCAUUAGCAAACUAUGUUGUGGCUCUAGUGAAGAAGGACAAACCAGAGAAAGAGCUGAAAGCAUUCUGCGCAGAUCAACUCGAUGUUUUCCUACAGAAAGAGACAACAGGAUUUGUGGAUAAACUCUUUGAAUGUCUGACAUCAAAGAACUACUUGGGGAAUCCAUCUGCUAAGGAAACUCCCAAGGAGGAAGUUAAGCAACCUGCUGUCAAAUCUGAUGUUUUGGAGCCUGAGACAGCUGAAGAGGAGAGAGACAACAGGCGAAGGAGAAGUCCAUUGAGAAACCGCUCCGAUUUCAAUGACGCCAGGAGCCGGGACGACAGAAGGCGGGAUGAGCGCAAGCGUCGUGACCUCGAGCGACAUGGAAAAGGAGGUGGAGACCCAUACCGGGAGCGUGAGCGUCACGAGCGUCGCAGGGGCAGUCCCAGGGGGCGCAGCUACAGCCGAAGCCGAAGCAGGAGCAGCAGCCGAGGGAAGAGCAGGGACCGGGAGCACAGAGGCAGCAGAGACUUCAAGUCAAAGUUUGAGGCAGACAGGAAGGAUCCAGAAGGCUAUGGCUCCUCUACCACGUCCAGCUCCCAGCACCAGCACCCAACCCCCCUCCUGCCUCUGCCCCUUCCCCUCCCCCUGCCAAUCCAACAGCACCCCUUUUCCUCCUCCACCUCCUCUUCCUCAGCUGGAGUCUCGGGAGCUGGGGUAGUUUCUGUAGCAACACCAGCUCACCUGCCUGACAGCACCACAGACAGCUGGUCCAGUUUCUAUGGUGGCCAAAGGAAAGAUGGCAUAGGCAUCAAGCCAUUCAACAGCAAGGGUGUUUCACUCAAGCAGCGUUGCCGGGACUAUGAUGAGAAAGGAUUCUGUGUCCGUGGCGACCUCUGUCCGUUUGACCACGGCAACGACCCUCUCAUCGUUGAUGACGUGACCCUGCCUGGCAUGAUUCCCUUCCCUCCCCCACCUGUCAUGCCUCCCGCCCGGCUGCCUAUGCCUCCCAUCACAGAGCCUCCUCCCUCCCUCAGGAUGCCUUCUAUGCCUCCCUACAGCCAGCCACCGCCUCCUGGCGUAUUCCCUUUGACUGGAUCCCCACUAAUCGCAACCAGUGGGAUAGACACCCCCAACAACCAAUCAGCAAACUCGUCCUCCUCUCCUAUUGGACCUCCUGGUGUGGGGCUGCUGCCUACUCUUCCUCCUCCUCCUCCUCCUCCUCGUCCUCCUCCUCCUCCUCCUCCUCCUUCCUCCUCAUCUUCAACUGUGUCUCUUCGCCCCCAGUAUAUCCAGUCUGAAUAUAACUAUGACCCUGAGGGCUAUAACCCAGAAUCCCCAGGCUUGACGCUAGCAACUCGAAACAAGUACCGCCAGUUCAUUCCCCGGGUCCAGACCCAGCGGUCCAACCUCAUUGGACUGACCUCAGGGGAUGGGCAGGGCUCAAGAGCUGCCAACAUAGUGAUCCAGACAGAGCCUGCCACUGCUGCCAGCACACCCAGCACAAAUGUGACCCGGUUCAACACAGAGCAGGACAGCAGAAAGAGAGUCAUGGGGCCUAGCAGCAUGGAUGGGCCAGCUGCUAAAAAAACAUGGAUGGAUAAGCCAAGCUUUAAUAACCAACACAAAACCAGCUUCCCUAAGAGAAACCACUAUGUCAACACCAAGCUGGAGGUACGGAGGAUCCCCCGAGAGCUAAAUAACAUCACCAAACUCAAUGAACACUUCAGCAAGUUUGGAACCAUUGUCAAUAUCCAGGUGGUGUUUGGUGGAGACCCAGAGGCGGCACUGAUCCAGUACACAGCCAAUGAAGAAGCCAGACGGGCCAUCUCCAGCAUUGAGGCUGUUCUCAACAACCGCUUCAUCCGGGUCUACUGGCAUCGUGAGCCCGGUGCCACCACUGGCACCCAGCAGCAGGAACAGAACUUGGGAACCCAGGCAGGCGGAACGGGGCUAGGCCACAGCCAGGGACCACAGCACAGUAGUCUACAUAAGGGGAUCAAACAGCACAGUCCAGCAGCCUAUGUGUUGAACAAGACUGUUCCUAAGCAUCGGUUGCCGGGAGCGACCACGGCCCCCCCUGCAAGCAAACCGGAACCUGUGCAUCCAGGCACAGAGCCUGCCGCUGCUGUGUCUACCGUGACCACCACCCAGAAGGGCCCUUACACAUUGACAGCUGUCAAGGCCUCCAAGAGUCUGGGGAAAACUGCCAAAGCCCUGGAAGCACAGGAGGCCCUGAAAAAGAAACAGGAGGCACUCAAACUCCAGCAAGACAUGAUGAAGAAGAAGGAGGAGAUGUUUAAGACACAGAUUGAGUGUCAUAAGACACUGAUAAACCGUCUGGAAAACAACCGAGAUAUGAAGCCCGAGCAAAGAGCCAACAUCAUGAAGACACUGAAGGAGCUGAUGGAGAAGCUUUCCCAGCUGCAGAACGAGAUGAAUACUGCCUCACAGGCCUCCUCUGCCAACCCCAACCACAGCCAGCCCAAGAGCAAGAAUGAUGCCCAGAAAGAACUAUUGGAUGCUCAGCUUGACUUUCACAAAAAGAUGAGCUCAGGAGAGGAUACGACUGACCUGAGGAGAAAACUGGGACAAUUACAGAUGGAGGCAACCCAAUUGGGCCUGAUCAGACCUCCAACAGGUCGCGGUCGAGGUCGAGGGAGGAUGGCGUUGGAGCCAGGUGCAGUACUCAUGGGCCGUGGAAGAGCCCGAAGCCGGGAUAUGAUGUCACGUGGUGGGGCCCUGAACCGCAUGGUGGUGGACCACAGACCCAGAGCUCUAGCCAUCCUGGGGGUCACUCAGGAGGAGAAAGAAGAGCUUAUGCCGCACUUUGUGAAAUUCGGCGAGAUUGAAGACCUCCGUGACCAAGAUGCUACAAGCGUUGUCAUGACUUUCAAGACGCGAAGCGAGGCAGAGAAUGCAGCAAACCAGGGGGCUAAGUUUAAAGGUCGUGUCCUGCAGAUAUCUUGGUACAAGCCCAAGACGCCAGCUACUGCCACUGAGCCAGAGGAGGAAGAAGCAAAAGAGGAGGGCAACACAGAGGAAGUCAGCUCUUUCUUGCCAGCAGCAGGGGAUGAAGAUGAGGAGGAAGAGGACGAGGAUGAAGAUGAUGAAUACGAGAGCCGAUCUUGGAGACGAUGAAGGUGGCAUGGACUGUCAUUACUUGCUCUCGAGAGAGACCAUCAGUUAUUUUAUUGUUGUUUUUUCACGUAGAGCUUGAAAGACCAGAAGAUGGAGGUCGCCUUUUUUAUUUUGUUUUUUCCAGUCCAGUAUUUUGAAACUAAAGAAUCUAAGACUCUAAUCAGAAUGCAAAACAAAAGUCUUUACGUGGGUUAUUUGUGUAAAGAAGC